AUGCAUACGAUAGCUCGAGAGAGUCUGCAACAUUUCCUCUACGCCUACAAGGAGUCACCUAAAGAGCAAGGUCUUCGCCUCGUCCAUGACGCCAAGAAAAGUCAAGCUCUACGACGAGAACGAGAAUAUCAGCGAGCUUUGCAGAAUCUUCGUGCCGCUGUGAAGCUGAAGGUGGCCUUUGCUGUCAGAGCAAACGCUGCGUACGAUGGAGCAUUAGAGGAUGAGUCGCCAAUUCAGAAGAAGACAAUCUCGUUCAAAAAAGGAGCUGUUUCUCCACAUUUACAAGAGCGCUACACGCACGACUGGUGGAUUGGACGAGUUGUCGCGGCAGAGACAACAAUCGGAUUCAUACCGACGGCACGACGACUCGCACGGCUGACUGAACAGCACGAAGAUGAACCGGAGAAAUCAGUCGACAAAAAUACAAUG